AUGACUUCAGCUAUGAGAAUAUUGUCAUAUGGAGUGGCAGCAGAUGCAGUUGAUGAUUAUAUACGUAUUGGGGAAAGCACUGCAAUUCAAAGUUUGCAACAAUUUUGUAAUUCAGUUAUUGAAAUCUUCGGACCAGAAUAUCUGAGAUCUCCAACACCAGCUGAUAUUGCUAGAUUACUUGCUAUUGGGGAGGUUCGGAGAAUGCCUGGAUCACACAAUGACUUGAAUGUGUUGGAUCGAUCACCUUUGUUUUCUGAUCUUGCUCAAGGUAAAACUCCCCCUGUCCAUUACACUAUUAAUGGACGUAGUUAUAAUAUGAGUUAUUACCUUACUGAUGGUAUAUACCCUCAAUGGGCAACACUGGUUCAAACAAUCUCUUCUCCCCAAGGAGUAAAGAAACAACAUUUUGCAAUAAUGCAAGAGUCCACAAGGAAAGAUGUAAAGUGGGCAUUCGGAGUGCUUCAAUCUCAAUUUGCAAUUCUAGGUGGUGCUAUACGUUUUUUGGAUCCAAAAAUGUUUGGGAACAUAAUGAAGAGUUGUGUUAUAUUACAUAAAAUUAUUGUCGAAGAUGAGAGGGAAGAGCACCUUGAUUUUGAUUAUGAACUUUCAUCAACCAAUGCACCAGUACAACUUUCAUGUACUCCUAACAAUGACUUCUAA